AUGGCAAGUCCAUAUCCCAUCCCAACCCAUGAUAUUCAUCCCAUGGGCUCAGGUCAGCGACCCUUGCUCGGUCUCAUCGGACCUGACCUUGUCCUUGACCUUGCUCAUGGGGCUGUGGCGUUAUCUGAGCGGGACGAUCCAAUGCUCUGCAACCCUGUAUGGCUGCAGUUGUCUCAGUGUAGUUCGUCAGAUGCCCAGUCCGCGCGGGUCCUUUGUUCUGACCCGUCUCACUCAGACUCUAAAAAGACUAAGCCUAAUUCAAGGUUAUCUAGUCGUUUGUUAACCUUAUUCGCGAUAAACGAUGGUGGCUUGUCUCACGAGGUUUAG